AACUGGCUUCUCUGUGACAGGUCGCUGACGCAGGUGUCAAGAUGACCGAGCGCUUCGACUGCCACCACUGCGCCGAGUCCCUCUUCGGCAAGAAGUACGUCCUGCGGGAGGACAGCCCCUACUGCGUGGCCUGCUUCGACGCCCUCUUCGCCAGCACCUGCGAGGAGUGCGGGAAGCUCAUCAGCUGUGACUGCAAGGACCUGUCCUACAAGGACCGGCACUGGCACGAGGCCUGCUUCCACUGCUCGCAGUGCAAGCACUCGCUGGUGGACAAGCCCUUCGCGGCCAGGGAGGAGCGGCUGCUGUGCACGGACUGCUACUCCACCGAGUACUCGUCCAGGUGCCAGGAGUGCAAGCGGACCAUCAUGCCAGGCACCCGCAAGAUGGAGUACAAGGGCAGCAGCUGGCACGAGACCUGCUUCGUCUGCCAUCGCUGCCAGCAGCCCAUCGGGACCAAGAGCUUCAUCCCCAAGGACAGCCAGAACUUCUGCGUGCCCUGCUACGAGAAGCAGCACGCCCUGCAGUGUGUGCAGUGCAAGAAGCCCAUCACCACGGGAGGGGUCACCUACCGCGAGCAGCCCUGGCACCGGGAGUGCUUCGUGUGCACCGCCUGCAAGAAGCCGCUGUCGGGGCAGCGCUUCACGGCCCGGGACGAGUUCGCCUACUGCCUCAGCUGCUUCUGCGACCUGUAUGCUAAGAAGUGUGCCGGCUGCACCAACCCCAUCAGUGGGCUGGGUGGCACCAAGUACAUCUCCUUCGAGGAGCGGCAGUGGCAUAACGACUGCUUCAACUGCAAGAAGUGCUCCCUGUCGCUGGUGGGCCGCGGCUUCCUCACAGAGAGGGACGACAUCCUGUGCCCCGACUGCGGCAAAGACAUCUGAGGCCACACGGGGGCGCUGCCCUGGGCUCCCCACACGCUUGCUAUCUUCCUCCUCCACCGGGCAGUAUUGUGCUCUGGUUUCCACCAGCUGUGCCCACAUAGUUCUCUAGUGCUUCUCGGUGAUACUCACGUGUGUUUUAGCGUUUUCGUCUUUUGUACCAGUUCAGUCCCAGGGAAGGAGACCCUCCAUAAACCCUGGGUGGGAAGGUAGUUUGAGAUUUUGUAAGCAAGUGAGGCAGAUGCAAGUGUAAAACACCUCCAGAGUGAUGUCUUUGUAACUCUAUAUUUUUCACUGCAUAUUUAAUUUUUAAGUGCAAUUAACCUAUGACACAAAUUUGAACAUUCUCCAACUCUAUAAUGUAAUGAAGACUUGGUAUUGAGAGCUCUGUAACUUCCUGUCAUGUAAAGCAAGAUUAUGUGACUUACAAUAAAGUUAUUGAGAAAUCACA